AUGGUGAAGUGGGGUGAUAUUCUGAAUGAGGAGUUUCGAGAUAUAAUAUGGUGUUCUGCAUUGGGUGAUCCUGGUAUUUAUCCUACACCGGCAUCAUUUGAGCGUUGUAAAUUGCAUGCAGGUUCUUAUACACGAAAUCCGGAGGAGAUUCGUAAGGAUACAGGUCGUACUUUUACCCAAUUUCCACAGUUCGAUGUACUUAUGCAAAUGAAGUUAGAAGACACUUUAGCAACGUCAUUAUUCAAAGCACCUAAACCUACAGAUUACUGUCAGGGUAUGAAUUAUAUAGCAGCAUUAUUUCUAUACGUAGCUUAUGGACAUACUAAAAAAGCAUCAGAAAUGAUGUAUCAAUGGCUAUUCAAAAGGGAUAACAUACUUCGUUUUGAAUCAGGUUUUAAAUUGGUUCGACAUGAAUGCCAACGAUUACUCAAAUUCGUUGACCAAUAUACACCUACACUCAAUCUACAACUCAGACGAUUCAAUCUCGGACUAGAACUCUUCUCAUUCUCCUGGCACUUAUUGCUCUAUGUGUAUGAAGUUCAACAGGAUCCAUCUCUCAUCAACGUGCUACUAGCUAUUUGGGACCAAAUACUUAUACAAGACGAUCAUGAAUACCUCAUCAAGACGAGCGCAUUUAUUCUCACUUGCGCCGAAAAUUUAUUGAUAAGUGAUAGUGCUGCCGAGGUGCAUGAAGAAGACUUAAUGAGUUUGUUGAAGAAUAUGCCAAAUCAUGUGUUCCAAAAGUAUUCGGCAAAGCCUGAGAUAUUCAUCUGGGAAGUUAGCCAAGUUACACUGCCACCUGACGACUCAUUGGAGACCCGCGUCGCCACCUCGGGAGGGUUCAUUCCGUUUUGCAAUCCGCGCAGCACACGAAACAACGUUCCUGAGGACUUGUAUCAGGCCAAAUCGCCACAUUCACGAAGAACAGAGUCAUGCUUCAAGGAGUCAUGUUUCGGGGAGUCAUGCUUCAAGGAGUCAUUAAGAACCAAUUGGGAACCAACUAGAAACCCCGCUCCUGGGUGCGGCCAGUAG